UCUGUGAGGAGCGCCCGGACGGCCGGGCCGGCGCCUCCUGAGCGCCGGCGCCCAUUUUGCCCGCCCGCCGAGAAGAGCCGUGCGCGGCCUACACGCUCCGGGGACCUCCCUCAGGCGGCAUCGCCGCGCGCGCCGGCCUUUCGAGCCCAAGGGACGCUCUUUUGAAAUUCGGUCCUGAGUUAAGGUUUUCUUUUAUUUUGUUUUGUUUCCAAGUUAGGGGCCCUGAAUUUGGGACCACUCUCUUUCCCUGGACCACUUCCGGUGGCCGGCCCGCGCCCCGUAACUUCGGUUCGGUGACCUCGGCCCGGAAUGCCCCUCGGCUCGCCCCGGGCUCACGUCCCGAUCCCGGCUUGAGUGGCCCGGGGUGGGUGACCUGAAGUUGUAGCCUCGCUGCUCUCGAGGCGGAUAAUUAGCCCAAGAAACACUAUAUUCAUGCUUAGGUGGAGAAAAGCAGGGCUAGAAUUGGAAUCCAAAGCCCAGGAUGGCAGGAGAGGAUGUGGGGGCUCCACCCGAUCACCUCUGGGUUCACCAAGAGGGUAUCUACCGCGACGAACACCAGCGCACGUGGGUGGCCGUCCUGGAAGAGGAGACGAGUUUCCUAAGGGCACGAGUUCAGCAAGUUCAGGUUCCUUUAGGUGACGCAGCCAGGCCAAGUCACCUUCUCACCUCCCAGCUACCUCUCAUGUGGCAACUCUACCCCGAGGAGCGCUACAUGGAUAACAACUCUCGCUUGUGGCAGAUCCAGCAUCAUUUAAUGGUCAGGGGAGUACAGGAGCUGUUGCUUAAGCUUUUGCCUGAUGAUUAAUCUGGUGCUGGGAUUCUAGGAAGAUAUGCCCCUCUGUUCUGUUCAGUAUAUGGCAAUCACGUCAUCCACCACUGCAGUGCACCCACCUGUGGGCCUGUGGGGAGGGAGUGGGUUGAAAAACUGCUCAAGAACACAGAAGUUUAGGAAGGGUCAUGAAGAACACCGAAAGUGGAACUGCAGAGAAAGGGUUAUGCAGGCAGAAAGCAAGUCAACAAAAGCACUUAGUUAGGAUACGUAACUUGAAAUUGACUCCUUUGGAAAUUGCCAUAGAACCGUUAAUGGACAUCAUCAGCUGGAACUGGGAUCUGAUGAAUCCCACAAAAGUCAGCACCUGCUACAGAACAGAUGCCCUGAUCACCAAGGACUUGGUACUGAUUUAGAGAGAAGAGAGCAGCUCCUAGCAGCAUCAACAUCUAUUUGUCGCUUAUUUGCCCUGCAGCAAUUCACCUGCCUUUCCUUCUCCCAUCCUGUAAAUAUCCUAGGUUUUGCUCCAGUGUUUCCCAUCCCAGUACUGACCUAACUUGGAUCUACUAAGAACUUAGGGGGCUCUGAGGAAAAAAAAAAAAAAAGGGGAGAUCAUUUGCAUUAA